CGCGUCCCUGAGGGGCGGCGGCGGCGGAGGCGGCGGUAGCGGGGGGGAGAUCCGGAAGUCAACACCAUGUCGAGUCUGCACAAGAGCCGGAUUGCAGAUUUCCAGGAUGUCCUGAAGGAGCCCACAAUUGCCUUGGAAAAGCUUCGGGAACUCAGUUUUAGUGGCAUCCCCUGUGAGGGCGGACUGCGGUGCCUCUGCUGGAAGAUUCUCUUGAACUACCUCCCUUUGGAGAGAGCCUCAUGGACCUCCAUCCUGGCCAAGCAGAGGGAGCUGUAUUCUCAGUUCCUGAGGGAAAUGAUCAUCCAGCCUGGCAUCGCCAAGGCUAACAUGGGCGUGUCCAGGGAGGAUGUGACCUUUGAGGACCAUCCUCUGAACCCCAACCCUGACAGCCGGUGGAACACAUACUUCAGGGACAACGAGGUGCUGCUGCAGAUCGACAAAGAUGUCCGGAGGCUGUGUCCGGACAUAUCCUUCUUCCAGAGGGCCACCGAGUACCCCUGCCUCCUCAUCCUGGAUCCCCAGAAUGAGUUCGAGACCCUUCGUAAGCGGGUGGAGCAGACGACCCUGAAAUCCCAGACGGUGGCUCGGAACCGGAGCGGCGUCACAAAUAUGAGCUCCCCACAGAAGAACCCAGCGCCCUCCAUGAACGAGUACGUGGUGCUGCCCAAUGGCUGUGAGGCCCACUGGGAGGUGGUAGAGCGGAUCCUGUUCAUCUACGCCAAGCUCAACCCCGGCAUCGCUUACGUGCAGGGCAUGAACGAGAUCGUGGGACCCCUCUACUACACCUUUGCCACCGACCCCAGCAGCGAGUGGAGAGAGCAUGCUGAGGCAGAUACCUUUUUCUGCUUCACCAACCUCAUGGCUGAGAUCCGGGACAACUUCAUCAAGAGCCUUGACGACUCACAGUGUGGCAUCACCUACAAGAUGGAAAAGGUGUACUCCACCCUGAAGGAUAAGGAUGUGGAACUCUACCUGAAACUGCAAGAGCAGAACAUCAAGCCCCAGUUCUUCGCCUUCCGCUGGCUUACCCUGCUGCUGUCCCAGGAGUUCGUGCUGCCUGACGUCAUCCGGAUCUGGGACUCCCUCUUUGCCGACAGUAACCGCUUUGACUUCCUCCUCCUGGUCUGCUGCGCCAUGCUUAUACUGAUUCGGGAGCAGUUGCUGGAAGGGGACUUUACUGUAAACAUGCGACUCCUGCAGGAUUACCCCAUCACAGACGUCUGCCAGGUCCUUCAGAAAGCCAAGGAACUCCAAGACUCACAGUAGCCUGGUGGCAAAAGGCCCAUGUGUGGAAGAGAAGCCCCCGCCGACCCCGGUGCCCUGGCUUCUGGGACAUGCAGAAGCCUGUGGGGUCCCAGCCAGAGGGGCCGAUGCCGGACUGGCCUGCUCCAGGCCUUGUCCUGGCCUCCCGUCAGGGGCCUGCUGUGCCCCGCUCUCUCCUAACCACCAAGCCCGGGCUCCUCCCCACUUUUCAGCCCUGGACCCUCUGCCCAGGCCAUGAGCAAGGCAGGGGCUCGCGAGGUGGUUUUCCGGGGCUGGGGCAGACUGCAGGCCCCUCCCUGCCUCUGCUCUGCCCCUCCCUUCCUGCCCUCCUGCUCCAUCUUCUGGGCUCUGGUCAGGGAGGUGCUCAGCAAACGAGCCAGAAACUGCUUCUUCUGGAGGUUGGUGCUUCCUGGGCUUCUCCAUGGGGAAGGUGACACUGUGAAGGAGCUGAGAGGCUGCCAGGCCCAGGUCACACCUUCUGUCCCUUUCCCACUGAGUGUAUGUGUGUAUGUGUGUGUGCUUGUGGGUUGCUGUGUAUGUCUUAUCCCCCGGCGUGAGCUGCUCCUCCAGUCUGUGUGUGUGUCCCUGUGUAUGGGGGGAGGUGACCUCCCUCUCGUCUGUUUCUUUGUCUUGUCACCUCUCUGCCUCCGUCUCCCUUUCUCUCCCUCCAGCUCUUUCAUGGAAUGUGUGGCUCUCACCUGUCCGCCGCUGUCUCCAUUGCUGUCCGUUUGCCCUUCUCUCUUGGGUUGCCUUAUCCCCAGCCCCUCCCCUCCCCUCUCCUCAAUGUUGACUCAGAACCCUGGAAACAGAAUGAAGAGUCUGGCUCAGCAGAGUUCUUGGAGGCCAGCCUUGGCCUUUGCAGCCUGCUCCCAUCCCCCAGCGCUGGGCGCCCAGGGCUCCCAGUCCACAGUGCCUCACUCGAGGGCCCUGAACCCGUGCCCCACCACGGAAUUCUUGGAAACCCCUAGCUGCUGAGAACAGUUGGCCUGUGAAGAGCCAGCGCCCUCCUGCCUAGGGAGGGAGGAGAGGGAGAGCUGAGUCUUCUAGAGGUUUCCUCAGAGGUCCUCUCCCAAAGGAAAAAAAGCAUUAAGGUUGGGAUCCAGGUGCUCCAGAGGUGUAGUCGUUCCCAUGGUUUCCAGGUGCCGGCCCAGGGCAGGCAAGUCCCUUUAAGGGCAAGUGGGACCAAAGGGAGCCUCUUGGGGGCGGGCAGGGCUGAGCUCAAAGGCCUGAGUCCUGUCCAGGCCUGGAGUGCCGUGUCUCCCCAUCUCAGGUGAGCUGAAGGCGGUGCUGGCCCUUCUCUGGUCUUGUGCUCUGACUGGGAUCUGAGGCAGGUGCAUCUGCAGUAGAACAGCUGGCUCCUCCCACCCUGGGCCUGUUCUGACCAGGACGCUCCCUCCUGCAAGGAGGCAGGGGGUUUGCAUCUGGAAGGCUGGAUAAUUAGCUCGGGUCCUCUUCGUCUCCCCAGACCAUCCAGCAGGGCCCCCCAAAGUCUCCCUGAGUCUGACAGCCAGGACUUGCGGCUGAGGGCUGGGAACAGCUUCCCCCAGGGCAGCUCCUGCCAGGCUGUCCCGUGGAUGCUUCACUUGCCUUUUUCCUCCUCCUCUCCCAGCACAGUAUUUGGGAGAUUUUACUAUUUAUUCAGACUCCUGGUUAUUUAUUGCAGAUUGGCAAGUGCUUGUUUUGGGGAUGAAGGGUAGGGCUCGGAAAGUGGAAACAUGGUCUUCCUGGCCUUUCAGGGCCACCAGCAUCCUCUUUCCCCCUGCCUCUGGGACCUUCCUGGUUUUCCAGGAGAUCCUGGCUGGGAGGGCUCUGAGCUCUGUAAUCCAGCUGAGUGUAAGGGGAACUGGUGUGUAAAGACCCUGGCAUGGGGCAGAAACACUGCUUGCUAGCAGCCUGGUCACCCUCUUGCCAGAACUUGUAGACUGGUGGUUCACUCCCAGCCUGAUCCCUUCGGAGCCUGAGUCUUGGGCCACAGCCUGGGACCUAGCAGACACUGCCCAGUACCCGGAUGCAUUCUCUCCUGCCUGUCCCUCUGUCCUCCCUCCUGGACCGCACUACUUGAAUCACUGCAUCUGAUUCGCCUCAUUGGCAGCCCUGGGUCCAGUGCCCUCUCCUUGGCCUUGUGAGAAAGGUCAGAAGAGCACAGGGACCAUACCCAGGUUAGAUGGAGCUCCCCCAGUGGGAGGACCUGCCCUUGGCAAUUGCCCCUGCCCCACCCCAGACUCUCAAGGGAGGCCCCAAGAGCCAGAGACUCCCAGGCUUCCUACUUGGAAGCUCCCCCAGGACUUCGGACAUGUACAGAAUGAGCUGAAUGAAUUCAGCGGGUCUCACUCCAAGGGUCAGAAUGUUAGUCUGCUUUUGUUUUUUCAUCUGUUUUGUUCUUUGAAUCAGUGCUGUUGAUGACAAGUUGUCUUUAAUAAAUCAUGUGUUCUUUGCAGUA